GACAACGUAUCGAGGUUUUUAAUUUUCAACGCAAAACGUUUCGGAGCCAGAUCGGAUGAAUUGAACCCGGACUAAGUUACAUACCGCGGUUUCUCUUCGCCCGAUUCCAUUAGUCGAUAAUUUCACGGGCAAUUGAUUAAGUCAUUUGACGCUUUAGCACCCUACUAUCUUAUCGUGUGAUUAGUUCUUCUCAUCGCAUUCUUUUUCCUUUUACGCCAUCAAUUUCCGUGUCUAUAUCCUGUUGGCGCUUCUUCAAGGUCCUGCAACUUUCACAAAUUGAAUUGUGCCGAAGUUUGGUGCCAAAGUCUCGUGGCCGUAUCUCUAAUUGGCGCCGAGCUCACGGUGUAAUAUUUUCUGUCUUCGAAUCAGCUUCUCAAUGGAGGCGGAUUUCGUGACCAAUGAUAUGCUCGCACUCACACACGAUGCUUUUGAUGCCAACGAUAAUGAUGAUGUAGCUAUUGAAGGGGAAAGAUGUGGAAUAUGUAUGGAUGUAGUUAUUGACAGGGGAGUUCUGGAUUGCUGUCAGCACUGGUUCUGCUUUGUAUGCAUUGACAACUGGGCUACCAUCACUAAUCUUUGCCCACUUUGCCAGAAUGAGUUUCAGUUAAUCACUUGUGUUCCAGUAUAUGAUACCGUUGGAAACAACAAAGUUGAGGAUGAUUCACUCCUUAGAGAUGAUGAUGAUUGGUCCAUUGAAGGGAAGAAUAACACACUGCAAUUUCCCUCAUACUACAUCGAUGAAAAUGCAGUUAUUUGCUUGGAUGGCGAUGACUGCAAGGUUCGUAAUGGGUUGGCUACUGUUGAAGGAGAUUCUGAUCUCGAUACAUCAAUAGCAUGUGAUUCAUGUGACAUAUGGUAUCAUGCAUUCUGUGUGGGAUUUGAUACCGAAAGUACUUCAGAGAGUACAUGGUUAUGCCCCAGAUGUGUAGCAGAUGAUGUUUCUAAGGGAGCAACUAAUUCAAGGGAGAGGACAACCAUGGAAUGUAAUGCAGACAAUAGUAACAGUGAUUGCCAUGGUGAGGAUUCCUUUUCAGGAAAAGUGUCUGUCUCUGUUGCUGAUACAGGAGAAACGGCUGUUGUUGUCUCGAUGGUUGACAGAGCAAAAUGGGUUCCAGCAACAAGUGAGAAAAGCCUAUUGCCUUUUGAAGUUGAUGCGGAUCCAAUGACUGAAUCAUGUAUUUUAAUGUCUGACAUAAAUGAUCAGCAAAGUGAUGAACUGAGGACAAAUUCAUUACCAAUCAUGGAAGAAGAACUGGAAUUAUCUUUAUCAAACAAUAGUGAUUUAAAGAAAAGUGCCAGUGGAGCAAUGAUUGAACCCAAUGGCUUUGAUGGAACCGAGUUACUUGACGAAUCCCUUACCAAAACUAGUCCAUCUAGAAUUAAAUCUGAUAUGGGUCUUGAUCUUGGUUUGUCAGUGGGCACUUAUUUACCUGUUGAUGAUGCAGACAAGAGUGAACCGAAAGAUCAAGCAACAGUUGUCCCAUGCUUGACUUCAGAAAAAUGUUUUUUGACAGGAGAUGAAAUUGAAGUCAAUGCUUGUAAGGUCAAUGCCAGAGUGGCUGGUGGAAAGAGAAAGCAUGCUGAUUUCAGUAAUGGGCAAGUUUAUAUAAAGGCUGAGGAUGGAGAUGCCAAACCUGAACUUCCUGAUGAAGUUGUGGCAAAGAAAAGUAAAGCUACUGACAGCCAAAUGAGUAACACUAAUGACACAGCCAAUGAUCAUCUUUUAGAAAAUGCUCCGAAGCACCCUGCUUUAAAAGAUUCUCCAACAAAGGCAACAGUUACACCAGAUAUAAUGAAUAUAGUUAAAGGGACAGUCCGAAGGCUUUCCAAGGGACAUACUAGUACUAAUGCUUGUGACCAGUCAUCUGAAAAUAAAGGAAAUAUGGCUGGGUUGAGGGUUAAAAAGAUCAUGAAGAGAAAUUCCGAGGAUAGAGAAUCAUCCUUGUUAGUUCAAAAUCUAAGGAAAGAAAUUAGAGAAGCUGUCCGUAACAAAUCCUCUAUAAACUUCGAGGAUAACCAUUUUGAUCCCAAGCUUCUUGAAGCAUUUAGGACUGCUAUAACAGGGCCUAAAACUGAACUUGUAAACAAGUUAUCCCCUGCAGCUAUAAAGGCAAAAAAGUCAAUGUUGCAGAAAGGCAAAGUCCGUGAAAAUUUAACAAAGAAAAUAUUUGGUGCUUCCAAUGGAAGAAGAAAGCGUGCAUGGGAUAGGGACUGUGAAAUUGAGUUCUGGAAAUAUCGUUGCAUGAGAGCUACGAAGCCUGAAAAGAUUGAAACUUUAAAAUCAGUUCUUGAUUUACUAAGAAAAGGUUCAGAUGGUACAGAAUCAAAGCAAGUUUCUGAAUGUCAAACCAAGGAUCCUAUACUUUCUAGGUUGUAUUUAGCAGAUACAUCUGUUUUCCCCCGGAAAGAGGAUGUAAAACCUCUCUCUGUGCUUAAAACUGUGGCUAACUCUGAGCAAACCAAACAAAACAACCCAUCAGAGAAAGUACCAAAUCUAUCCAUUGAUAACAAUACUAUUAAAGCAACAGACGUAAACAAUCUCUUAUCAAAGAUCAGUUUUGUUUCAAAUGAAAAAAACGUAGACAAAAAGAUUGUACAUGGACCAGAAAGGACGCCAGUCUCAUCAGUUGGUUCCAAAACUGGCACCAAGGAGUUAGGCCAAAAAUCUGGUUGCAUGAAGAAUGAUAAAAGAAAAUGGGCCUUGGAGGUCCUUGCGAGGAAAACAGCCACAACCAGCGGAGGAAACACAGCAAAUGGAAAUCAGGAAGACAACUCAGUUUUUAAAGGAAAUUAUCCUUUACUUGCCCAACUGCCAAGUGAUAUGAGACCAGUAUUGGCACCUUCUCGACACAAUAAAAUUCCUAUAUCAGUUAGGCAGACACAGCUUUACCGCCUGACAGAGCGCUUAUUGAGGAACACAAAUCUGACAGUGAUUCGCAGAACUGGCAUUACAGAAUUAGCUGUUGCAGAUGCAAUUAAUAUUGAAAAAGAGGUUGCUGACAGAUCAAAUAGCAAGCUUGUGUAUUUGAACCUUUGUUCGCAGGAGCUCUUGCAUCGCACAAAUAACACAAAAUCUGAUGUAGCCACAGAUACAACUCCAGCAGCCUCAUCAGCAAUGCUUAAUGAUCGACAAUCGGAACCAAAUAUGGAAGAUCUUUCAGCUGACCCUGCAGUUGAAACGGCCUUGAAAAAUGCUGGUCUGCUGUCUGACUCCCCACCUAGCAGUCCGCAUGAGAACAGAGAAACAUGUAAUGGUGACAUGUUGGGGUCCGAUAAUAUACUUGAACUGGAUUCGAAUCCUGAUCUGGAUAUUUAUGGUGAUUUUGAGUAUGAUUUGGAAGAUGAGGAUUAUAUUGGUGCUAGUGUUACACAGGUUUCAAAACCAAAACAAGAGCAAAAUGAGUCAAAAGUGAAACUUGUUUUCUCCACCAUGAACUUGAAAAAGUCAGAUAUCGCUUUGGAUUGUGCUGACGGUGAGGGGCCUGAAAGAAAUGAAGUGCCAGGAGAGGCAUCCUGCUCGCCAAAUUGUCACAAUGAUGCAGUUCAUAUGGAUAGGUCUUCUCUUUCUUCAGAGCUCCUACCCUUCGAGAGCGCUGUUGAGCCACUUGACAAAGAAUUUGAAGAAUUAUUAUACGGCCCUGACAAAGAACCACUAAUAAAAAAAUUUCCAGCUGGUGAAUCAAGAUCAUUACAUGGAGAUGGCAAGACAGAAACUCUAAGCGUGGCCAAUGACUACCAUAAUGAUGAAGAACUUGCUUUGAAUAAUGCAAUAAAAGCUUCAGAACAGGGGAAGGAGAAUCUCACGGAAAAAAAUUCUGAUACUACCAUCACCGACCAGUCUUCCAAUAUAUCUGAAGCCGGUGAAAGUUUCCAACGGAAGGAAGGGAAAUCUGAUGUCAUUGCUAAGCAGACUGACUCGGUAAAUCAUACAACUAAAAAGGUAGAAGCUUACAUCAAGGAGCACAUCAGACCACUGUGCAAGAGUGGUGUAAUCACGGCUGACCAAUACAGGUGGGCUGUUGCAAAAACAACUGAGAAGGUUAUGAAGUAUCAUUGCAAAGCAAAGAAUGCGAGUUUUCUCAUAAAGGAAGGUGAGAAAGUAAAGAAACUUGCAGAGCAGUAUGCUGAAGCAGCCCAACAGACCAAAAAAAAUUGAUUCAUACGGUGAAAGCUUACAAAUGAUCAAAACACAGUACAUUCGUCAAUCCAGAGCAUUAAUCAGUACCAAUCCAGAGAGUACACUCGUCAAUAAGAUGAACCCAUAGACGCAAAGAUGUAGAUCUGAACGGAAAGUUAUAAAGGUUGCAAUACAAGUUGAAAUGGAGGAAGAACAAAGGUAUGAAGUAGAAACCAAAGAAUAUGAGAACGGUUUGCCUUUAAAUCGUAAUAUGAGAGGUUUCUUAUUGUCAUAUAACAGCAAUACUGUAUGUCUGGAUUGUCGUACUUUUUUAUGGAUGUGCGCAGUUUAUACGUUAAAAGAGAUGUGGGUCAACGUGUAAUCAGUGAGUUGGAUUUUGGUUUUCACCGCCAUGGAUUCUCAGAGAAGUCAAAACACAUCUCCAUUGGGUUUCGUUUGAGAAAUUCCAUGUUGAAUAAUUGGUUAAGUUUUCGAAUUAUUCAA